AUGUCUCUCGUCGUGCCCGAGGCCCACCAGCAAUUCCAACACAUUCUCCGUCUUCUCAACACCAAUGUCGACGGAAAGCGCAAAAUCAUGUACGCUCUCACCGAGAUCAAGGGUGUUGGUCGUCGUUACUCCAACCUGGUCUGCAAAAAAGCCGAUGUUGAUUUAAACAAGCGGGCUGGUGACCUCAACUCGGACGAGCUUGAACGCAUUGUUACGAUUAUCCAGAACCCCACACAAUUCAAGAUUCCCACGUGGUUCUUGAACAGACAAAAGGAUAUUGUCGACGGCAAAAACUCGCAAAUCCUCUCCAACGGUGUCGACUCGAAGCUCCGUGAUGACCUUGAGCGUCUCAAGAAAAUCCGGGCCCACCGUGGUCUGCGUCACUUCUGGGGCCUCCGCGUCCGUGGACAACACACCAAAACAACUGGCCAGUUACUUGUUGUACUGUUGUUGGUCUUUCUCUUAACUUCUCUCUUAGGUCGGCGUGGAAAGACCGUUGGUGUGUCGAAGAAGCGUGGUUAG